GCCAUAUCACCUGAAGACACUCGCAAUCUUCCCAACUCUCACGUUCAUAAGAGAAAUCCCAUUUCUCCGCCCAAAAAUCAUCCACGUUGAAACUUCCUCCAUCCCACCAAUUUCCCUAAUUGCAACUCCCAGAAAUCCCUAAUCGCAAUCCCAAAUUUUUACCCAAAAAAAUCCCUCUGAAAAGCGAAAUUGGGAAGAGAAGGAAGAUGAUUGAUGAUCAAGAAUUGCAACAACUGCCUGCGAGGAACGAAAAUAUGAUCGCCAAUUAUGAAAAGAGAGGAAAUAUUUUGCGAGUAGUAGUUGUAGAUCUUGCCAAAUCAGAGAGGAUUGUAGCUCGUAAUCUCCUACACCAAAAUUCCCCAAGAUAUGGGCAUUACAGCUGGGGGAGGAGUGUUGGAACCAGACCAUGUCAGGUUUGGGUGGAAGGACAAGAAUAUAAAGAUAUAAAUGCAAAGCUGGAGCCAAUAAAACAAGCUAAGCAAAAGGUUGCUAAAGACAAGCAGAGACUGUUGAGGCGGAUUCAGAUGCUGCAAACACCUACCAAUGUUGAUGGAAGUGAUGCCGAAGAGUAUCAAAAUCUUCUUCGUGACCUUGAAAUAUUGCAAUUUCAUGAGGACAGCAUCAAAAUAGAUUUGGAGAAGAUUGAAAAUCAGAUACGUUUGCAUGAACAAGAAAAGACCAUAUAUAAGCAAGAAGCAAAACGAAUACAACAGGAAGAUGAUUCCCCUUUCCGGGGAUUUCCACUACACCACAACCGAUAUGUGCUUCUAAACCUGCUUGGAAAAGGAGGUUUUGGCGAAGUAUUUAAGGCAUUUGACAUGGAGGAGAAUGAGUAUGUUGCGUGCAAACUACACCUUUUGGGUCCUCCGACUAUCAAGAAUGAGCUGUUGAAGGAUGAUAUUCUUCGUCAUAUGAAACGAGAAUGGAAUGUCCACAAGACUUUGGUGCAUCCUCACAUCAUCCGUCAUUUGGAUAAUUUCACCAUUAACAAUUAUACGUACUGCACUGUCUUGGAGCUUUGCAGUGGAAAUGACCUACAAUUUGCAUUGAAGACACGGGGUACUUUUGCAGAAAAGGAUGCAAAGGUACUUAUUUCACAGACUUUGCAUGGCCUUGCAUAUCUCGAUGGACAAGCGGAGAGGAUCAUACAUUAUGACCUCAAACCCGCCAAUAUUCUCUUGGCUGAUGAUGGAGUUGUGAAGAUAUCUGACUUUGGCCUUUGCAAGGUCAUGGAGGCUGGAUCUGAGAGUCUGGAGCUGACUUCCCCUGGUGCAGGAACUAUUUGGUACUUACCUCCAGAGUGCUUGGUGGAAGGUGCAAACAGACAAAUUUCAACGAAGGUUGGUUUGCCUUACUUUGUCUGGAUUAUUUCAGGAUUUUCCUUUUGAUUUUAACAUUAGAUUUACUGGAGAUUUUUCUAGCCUUUGUUCAUUUUUUGUAUUUUGAUGACAAUAGAUAUAGUUAUAUUGUGAUCUUGGUGGUCUGAUGUCUACAGUUUAGUGUAUUGUGUUGCAUCUGAUCUAAAACUUUUGUUGGGGAUGAGAUUCCAUGCAUAAAGAAUGUCUGUGAUUGAUGUUAAAGAUGACGCAUCACUAGUUUUCUUAGGCUAAAGCAAUUGCUGUAACAGAAAUUAUUAUAAGCUAUCAAAUUGCGGAUUAUUGAUUCUGUGUGGUUCAGUCUUUCUUUUUUGCAAUUUGUACUUUCCUCUGUCUCAGGUGGAUGUAUGGUCUGCUGGAGUGGUUUUUUAUGAACUCCUUUUUGGGAGAGUGCCCUUUGGUUUUGGGCCUGGUAAAACACGAGACACAAUAAAGCAAGAAAUUAUUGCCAAUGCACUUCACUUUCCACCCAUUCCUAAGAUCUCUUCUGAGGCGAAGGCUUUCAUACGGCACUGCUUGACCUAUGAUCAAGUUUCGAGGCCGAGUGCUGGCACAUUGGUUCAAAAUCCAUACCUAACACCUUCCAGGCAAAAUGUAUCUUGGCUGGGACCAGGAUCAAGUUCAUCUUUUGUACACUGAUGCAUUAUCCAAAAUUUCUAAGAUACAAUGUCCACAUUGUAACAUAUUUCAAAACCUAUAACCUCAUUCCUUGUAUUAAUAUAAAGCACAAAAUUUU